GCAAUCUAUCCCCUGCCAUGGCCCCAUCGUAGGGUGACAGGCAUCCUUCUCGCAAGGCACCCGAGUGCGUCUUUUCCCCGAGUUUGGGGCUGUUGCUUCUGGGGAGGUCUUUUUCAGGGAGCGGUGUUGAGGAUUUCUUCUAUCUGAAGCCAGGCUCCUGGGGAACCCUAUGCUCCCGGUGGGGGUGGGGCGGGGGCGGGAUAGAGACCACACGCUGAUGCAGGCAAGGGAACGAGCCCCUUGCAGCAAACCAGCUGUUGGGCGGGACGCCGGCUCAGCCCUCGCUGGCGCUGAGCCGGACCCCCGCCCAACUGGGCUCUCGCGCAGUUGAGGGUGCCCGCGGGGCCGAGACGAACACACAGGUCAGAGAGCGCGGCCAAGCCUCGGGAGGGAGGCGCGGCUGGUGGCUCCGGCUGCAGCCGCCCCGCGGGAACGGGAGAGCCCGCGCCCUGAGCUGUGGUUUAUGCACUUCUCCCUUUUGCUACUUCUCAACUGUGGCCCCUGAGGGCGCAGCGACUCAGGGUCUACCCUCGCAGCUACACACCAAGCGGGGCAGAGGCGAGGGGUCGGCGCGGACUCUGAUGCUCAUCCCCGAGUCCGGAUCCUCGGUCUCCGAGUCUCCCCACUGUCUGCCGACAACACCCCACUCCUCGGCUCGCUGCCCUCCCCACUCCCUUCCGGCCCUCUGGCGCGUCCUCACUCCCUUUUUGUGGCCUAGGCUCCUUUCACCCUCUGCUUCAGCUUGUCGCAAUCGCUGUACAAAGGGCCAGGGGCGGGAGUGGGGGGCGGGUGAGGGGAGCCGGGCCCGAACUGGCUGCCUCUGCGGGGCCACGGCCAAUCCGGAGCGUCCACCCCCCACCUCCGCGCAGGAGAGCCUGGGGCAGCUGCCCGCCGCCGGGCGGAGCCGCGGGCAGAGCGGGGAGCUCGCCGAGGGGACGGCCCCGCUGCCUUCCACCCGCCGCCCGCUAUCCGCCGGGGGCUCUCCCGCCUUGCCAUGCCGCCGUGGGGCGCCGCCCUCGCCCUGCUUCUGGCCGCGCUCGCCCUGCUCGGCCUGCUCGCCCCGCGGCUGCGGCGCGCCGUCGGAGCGAGGACUCUGCCCGGGCCUCGCGGCCGGGACCACGAGGAGGAGGUGGACGGCAGAGGCACCGCGGACGAGUUCAGCGACGGGCGUGAGCCGCUGCCCGGAGGGUGCAGGCUCAUCUGUAAGCCGUCGGCGCUGGCCCAGUGCCUGCUGAGCGCCUUACGACAUUCAGCAGCUCUGGAGCCGCGCCCGCGUUCCUGGCUCUCCGGGCCCCACCUGCAGACCCUCUGCCACUUUGUGCUGCCGGUGGGGCCGGGGCCUGAACUGGCCCGAGAGUACCUGCAGUUGGCGGACGACGGGCUGGUGGCCCUAGACUGGGUCGUGGGACCUUGCCCCCGGGGUCGGCGGGUCACCAACGCCGGGGGCCUUCCCGCGGUGCUGCUGGUGAUCCCCAAUGCAUGGGGGCGCCUCACUCGCAACGUGCUCGGCCUCUGCCUGCUCGCCCUGGAGCGCGGCUACUACCCGGUCAUCUUCCACCGCCGCGGCCACCACGGCUGCCCGCUGGUCAGUCCCCGGCUGCAGCCUUUCGGGGACCCGUCCGACCUCAAGGAGGCGGUCACUUACAUCCGCUUCCGACACCCGGCGGCCCCUCUGUUCGCGGUGAGCGAGGGCUCAGGCUCAGCGCUCCUGCUCUCCUACCUGGGCGAGUGCGGCUCCUCCAGCUAUGUGACCGGCGCCGCCUGCAUCUCGCCGGUGCUACGCUGCCGCGAGUGGUUUGAGGCCGGCCUGCCCUGGCCCUACGAGCGGGGCUUUCUGCUCCACCAGAAGAUCACCCUCAGCAGGUACGCCUCGGCCCUGCAGGACACAGUGGACACCCACAAACUGUUCAGGAGCCGCUCCCUGAGAGAGUUUGAGGAGACCCUCUUCUGCCACACCAAGAGUUUCCCCAUCAGCUGGGACACCUAUUGGGACCACAACGACCCCCUCCGGGAUGUGGACGAGGCUGCCGUGCCCGUGUUGUGUAUCUGUAGUGCUGAUGACCCCGUGUGUGGGCCCCCAGACCACUUUCUGCCCACCGAACUCUUUCACAGCAACCCCUACUUCUUCCUCCUGCUCAGUCACCAUGGAGGCCACUGUGGCUUCCUGCGCCAGGAGCCCUUGCCAGCCUGGAGCCAUGAGGUCAUCUUGGAGUACUUCCGGGCCUUGACUGAGUUCUUCCGAACGGAAGAGAGGAUGAAGGGGCUGAGCAGGCGCCGAGCUUCAUUCCUAGGGGGCCGCCGUCGCUGGGGAACCCUGCAGAAGCGGGAGGUCUCUCCCUCUUCCCAUCUGGAGGAGAUCUUUAGCUGGAAGCGAUCGUACACAAGGUGAGACCUGGCCCAGGAACAUCCCUAGUCCUGCACAGAAGAGCAGGGCUGGGCACGCCAGAGUCCUGAAAAGGUGGUGAGCACUGAAGGCGGCAGGCGGUCCCAGCUCUUGGCCACUGAUUCAGCCCCUUCUCUCUUGAACUGGUCCGUGGGAAGAGAUGGGACUUCCAGCAAGCUGGUGCUCACUUUACCCGGAGAACACUCCUGCCCCAGGCUUUGCUCAACACAUCCUGGCUCUUCCUGGUCAGCAGCUGGGCUGUCACUGUCACUGUCUCUGUCUCCUGUCAUCAACCUCCUAAACCAAAGAAUAGCACCAUUUAAGCCAUGGAUUCAGGAGAAAAUACUCUCUCACUCAAAAGGACUACAGAGAAGAUGGGUUUAUGUAUGUCAUCGGGGAGCUGUGUCCCACAUAAAUAAUCAGCUCUGUGACCCUGA